CGUGUCUGUCAUGUGUCUCAUCGGCGCCAAUGAAGGGGCGAUCGAUUCAAACGACGAGAACUCGAGGUCCGCCCGAAGCCGCACAUCUCAACAGCAAAACGUGUUUGACGGGUCCAGCGGUUCCGUUCAGUACCAGUUCAAGACAGAAAACGGACAGACGGGUGCCGUCACUUACCGUGUGGUGACCGUCGAUGACUCGCAUCCAACGCAUACAGUGGUGACCCCAACUAUCGUGAAUCCGGCCCAACACAGCUCUGUUGCUCUCCUCACCGCACAUGCGGGCAAUCCUUUUGGCGCAGCGACUCAACAGAUCGCCACCAGUGCUGGCAGUGACGGACCCUUCUAUGUAAUGAUGGCUCCGACACAGGACUUGAUAUCCCAUUCAUCGUCUAAUAUCCGAAGAGCCAAGAGCGGCGCGGAAGGCGGUGUAGGAGUAGGCGUUCCCCGUGUGGCCAGAGAUGAGAAGAGAAGAGCCACUCAUAACGAAGUGGAGAGAAGGCGAAGGGAUAAGAUUAAUAAUUGGAUUAUAAAACUGUCGAAAGUAGUUCCGGAUUGUUCGCAGGACCACACCAAACAGGGACAAUCAAAGGGCGGAAUUCUGGCCAAAGCCACCGAAUAUAUACAGGAGUUGUGCGCAGAAAACGCCCGUUUGAAUGAAGUGCUUAAAGAAAAUGAGAUUUUAAAGUAAUUAUUG